AGAUCUUGAUUUCUGAAUGUCAUGCUGCUCUCGUACAGGACAGAGUUCGUGGUAGUGCCGUCAGGACAUCCCUUCUAGUUGAUAUAAGCUUUGCAAGAGAAGUGUCAUGUCUUCUGGAUCCGUGUGACUUAAGGCAAAGGGGAAAAGAUAUUCCAUCUGUGAGUUACUGGUUCCAACAAUAUCAAGAUGGGUUCUACUGCUGCACCUGUGACCGUCGCCUUGUCAUCCCCCAACAAUGCCUCUAACGAGCCCACCUGUGACACCCUGUAUGCCCACCGGGACUACGCCAGGGUCCUCAUGCCUCUUUUCUACUCUGUCGUGUUCCUCGUGGGGCUGCUCGGCAACAGCCUCGCCCUCCAUGUCAUCCGUCCCAAUCUGAAGAAGAUGAACUCCACCACCUUGUACUCCCUCAACCUGGUCAUCUCCGACAUCCUCUUCACCCUCUCCCUGCCCCUGAGGAUCGUCUACUACGCCCUGGGCUUCCACUGGCCUCUGGGCGAGGCACUGUGCAAGAUCUCGGGACUCAUCUUCUACAUCAACACCUACGCCGGGGUCAACUUCAUGACGUGCCUCAGCGUGGACCGCUUCAUCGCUGUUGUCCUGCCUCUGCCGUUCGCCCGACUCCGGAAGAUCAGCAACGUGCGCUACAUCUGCGUCGGCGUGUGGCUGCUGGUCCUGGUGCAGACCCUCCCCCUCGUGGGAAUGCCGAUGACCAACGAGGAACCCGAUGGCUUCAUCACCUGCAUGGAGUACCCCAACUUUGAGAAGGUCGACCACGUUGCCACCAUACUGAUCGGUGCCGUCUUCCUGGGUUACGUCGUGCCCGUGGUGACCAUCCUCGUGUGCUACUCCGUCCUGUGCUCCAAACUCCACUUCUCCGCCAAGAGCAACCAUUUGACGGAAAAGUCCGGCCGGAGCCGCAAAGCCAUCGGCGUAAUCUGCUGCGUGUCCCUGGUGUUCAUUGUCUGCUUCAGCCCUUAUCACAUCGAUAUCCUGCAGUACAUGAUCCGCAAGCUGGUGUCGAGCCCCGACUGCGCCGAUCUCACGGCCUUCCAGGUGUCGCUGCACAUCACCGUGUGCCUGAUGAACCUCAACUCCUGCCUGGAUCCCUUCAUCUACUUCUUCGCCUGCAAGGGCUACAAGAGGAAACUCCGGAAGCUGCUGAAGCUGCACGUCAGCAUGUCCUUCUCCAGUGCUGCAAGGACGUCACCAGAAGGCUCCUCCAAGGAUAUUAUAGACGGCAACAAGAUCCAACUCAACAGUUGUACUUUUGGAUCCGCCAGCGAGAGACUCACAGAGAGGAGAUUUCACCAGGAAGAGUAAAUGAAGGAACUGAGGCACCAAGAGUUACACAAGAGGCAAGGACCUUUUACGCUUGAGGCCUACUUUAAUCAAGACCAGUCAAAUAGUGUCUCGAACAAAUCAUCUUGACCAUUGAAGUGGACUCACUUAUGCCACCAGGGACUCCAAGCAUCUGGAUCCAAAAUAAAUCCAGCUAUUACGGACUAAAUCUGUUUACAUAAGGAACGUUUUUUUUUUUUUUUAAGAACAUCAACAGAGCGACAGAAUGAAAUUCCAGCACUUCCUGCGUUUACAUAUUUUCUUAUUAGUAUUGGUGAAUUUCUCAGGAAAGCAGAGAUUACUGCAGCAAUGGAAAGAAAGGAGGCUAUAGUCUCCUGCCCGAAAAGACUUGAGCGCUGACGAGUAUGAGCAUGAAGCAGAGCGUUUCGGAGGUGGACAGUCGAGUUGACAUCAAGUCAUGCCCACAUUUAAAUUCCUAUGGGCUGGAAAAGUAGUGAAAGCUUAGCUCAUGUACAGUGUGUGAAGAGUGAAGCAGUGUACUCAAAUGAAAAGCAACAGUGUAAUAUUUGCAACCGGACAAUGACCUCACAUCUGAUCCCAUCCUCACAGUGUUACUUUUAUGUACUGAGGUGUUAAGGUAGAAGCAAACACGAGCUUCAUUCCAAAACCAAUUCAGAUUCACAAUCUCAGGUUGUUUUUGCCUCACGUUUCAGUUCAGUACAUUGUAAAACCUCAGGAAAGUGUACACUCAUUAUUUCAACUGUCUGCCAACUGAAUUAACCUUAAUUGGUGGGAAAAGCACCACAUGUUUGUCUGUUUUAACAUUCAUUUCCUUGUGAUAAAAGUGUGGUCUAUGAUGUCACUUAAUUUAAGGGGCCCUGCGGAGUUUUUCUUGUGAACAUACAGAAGUUAUGUUUACAUGCAGUGCUGUUCACCAUGAUGCAAUGUGUGUAUUCUGGAGGUCUAACAAUGUCUAACAGGUCUAACAUGUGUUGAAUGCAUUUCAUUCUUCAUUCAACAUUUGCUGAGCCAAAUUUGUAAGUACUUUGAAUCCAGCAUUGUUUGCAUCCAUGUUUACAAACUUGCAGUCUUCUUUGCUGGUGCAUAUCUUGGUAUGUUGCACAAGAUUAAAAAAAACACUGUACCUUGAAA